CGCACGGACGGCUGCUGCUAAAUUUUCCUGUCAGGUUUUAACGUGUGAUUCCGCUGAUUUUUGUUUUUUAAUCUAUUGACAAUUGUAAAAAGUGUUUUUUUUAAUAUUAUGUGUAUUAGGACAGUGAUGUAGUGCCCUUGCUGGAUCCAGUUUUAUUUGAUGCAACAGACCUGCAAUGAAAUUCCGUUUACAGAUAGUACGCAUCUUUCGAUCGAUUCAAUAGGGCGACCGCACGCACUCAUGCUGAAGCAUGAGAUAAACUCUUCAUCGAACGGCAUCGGCAUCGAUGCGAAGUGUAUUCCUUCUCAGAUGGCGACAGUCUGGCGCCACAUGCGGCAAGCUAAGAUGACGAUAUAGUUUCUUUCGGCUGUCUCUCGCAUUCAAACUUGUUUCGUUUCGCAUAGUGUCGACAGGAGGAGGAGGAUGUUGACCAAGCUGGAAAUCCUGCUCAUCGACAAUCCCGGUGAAAUCUAUUACCCUGGGCAGGAGCUUAUUGGCGACGUCGUUGUCACCCUCGGGAAGAGUUGUUCUGUGUCCAAACUGCUGCUUACAAUAAAUGGCGUUGGAAAAACGAAGUUCGCGGAUCGAGAAAGUGGAAGUAAGGGUCCACUGAAGGGAAAGGAACGAUAUUUGAAUUCUGCACUGGUGCUUUAUCAAUCUCAGGACAAACUUACUGAAGUACCAGCAGGAACGUACAGUCAUGGAUUCGCAUGCCAUCUACCGGAUACGCUUCCGGCUUCAUUUGAAGGAAAAUUCGGCAACAUUCGUUAUUGGUUGAAAGCUACUCUGGAGCGACCCUGGAGACAGUCCAAAAGCUGCACGAUUCAUUUCCAAGUCGUUCGACAGCUUGAUCUGAAUGAUGAAGUCCUGUUACCAGUACGUUCCGAACUCACCAAAGCUCUUGGAUAUUGGCCCUGCAUUCCUAGUGGAAUACUCUAUGCCUCGGUAGAGUUGUGCACUUCGGGGUUCGUACCGGGACAAUUUAUUCCAGCAGUGAUCCAAGUCAACAACAAAGGGAACAACAAAAUGACCAAGAUAGUGACCAUGCUGGUACAGAAGGUGAUCUACAGCGCGAAGCGGCCGUUCAUGUUUCAGAAGAUAGAGCGCACGAUCGUAUGUAAAAAUGUAACGCCAGGUAUCGGACUGCCGGAGGGAGGAGUCCUUGCGGCAGAGAACUUACAGGUGCCGUGGGUGCUUCCAUCGAGCAGUUAUUCCUUCGUGGUCCAGAUAGCGUACGAAGUGGCGGUGGAAUUUCAGUUCGAUACUUGCUUCUUCAACGCCAAUCAGACGGUUCGGGUUCCGGUCAAGAUCGGCGUGAUACCGGCUCGGGAUUCGAAUCUGAUCGAAAGCAAAGCCUUACGGGUAUGGACGCGGGAAGCGUGAAUGCAGCAAAGCUGGGAAGACUUAUCAAAUUCUAAGGGCUGUUGAACAUUGGAGUGAAAUUUAAGAGUCGUUUAUUGUUUGUUGAUACCUACUACAGUGUUCCAUUCUCUUCGUGAUUCUAUUCUCGAUUGUCUAAUCAAACAAAUGGAAACUUAUUCUUAUUCUAUUGACUAAUAAAUAUGUGAAUAAUA